GUAAGACGUGUCCCUGAAAUCUCACAUCAGGCCUUGGCUCUUCCAGGGACCCCUGCAAGCCUAGAUUUAGGGAACUGUGUCUGUGAACACAUCCUAUAUCCUCCCCUGAGCUGGGGAGAGAGACCUGGGCUGGUGUCCUGCCCCUACAGGUGCCUUCAGUCCCUUCACUGCCCUGGGUGCUGGGUGGGCAGAGCUGGAGAAGACCUUUGAGACCCUCGAGUCCAGCUGUAAACCUGAGCCUGGCGCAGGCUCCCGGCAGUCGUGUGGGUCGUGUUUUGGACAUCCCAGAGGAGUUUGUAGAGAAAGAUGUUUCCGCGGGCACGGAACGGGCACAGCCCGAGAGGAUGCCACAGGCUGAGUCUGUGCUCUCCUGGUGAGACCGAUCCCUUCCGAAGGCAGCGCUCUCGCUGCGAGGGAAAGCUGCUGCUUGAGCCAGGGCGGGGAUUUCUCUCCCCAAAACGCAAAUUACGACGGACCUUUUGAUGCUCUGGGCCGAGCUCAGCAGAGGGUCGGUGAGCCCCGGCCGUGCGGGGAGCGGCGAUGGGGCCCGGGGGUUCCCGGGGCGCCCCGAGCAGGCGGCGCUCCCGCCCCACGUCCCGCCCGCCCGGGCGGCUCCAGGAACCGGAUCCGCGGGCUCGGCAGAGCCGCCGCCGCCGCCGCCAGCCAUGGACCUGCGAGCCGAGCUGCUCAAGUCCAUCUGGUACGCCUUCACCGCCCUGGACGUGGAGAAGAGCGGCAAGGUCUCCAAAUCCCAGCUCAAAGUGCUGUCUCACAACCUGUACACGGUGCUGUGCAUUCCCCACGACCCCGUGGCACUGGAAGAGCAUUUCCGCGAUGACGAUGACGGGCCAGUGUCCAGCCAGGGCUACAUGCCCUACCUCAACAAGUACAUCCUGGACAAGGUGGAGGAAGGCGCUUUUGUCAAAGAAAACUUCGAUGAGCUCUGCUGGACCCUGACGGCGAAGAAGAACUACAAACCCGACCGGAAUGGGAAUAGUGUUGUAUCCCACCAGGAUGCUUUCAAGCUCUGGUGUCUCUUCAACUUUCUGUCUGAAGACAAAUACCCUCUCGUCAUGGUGCCAGAUGAGGUGGAGUAUCUGCUGAAGAAGAUCUGCACAGCCAUGAACGUGGAGCUGAACUCCUGCGAGCUGGAUGAUUACCUGUCCCAGGAGCCGCAGGGGCAGGGCGGGCUCACGGUCUGGCAGUUCCUGGACAUGGUGAACUCGGGGCGGUUCCUGAGAGGCAUCGAGCAGGAGGCCAUCAGCAUGGCUGUGGAGGAGGUGUACCAGGAGGUCAUCGAGGACGUGCUCAAACAGGGCUACCUCUGGAAGAAGGGCCAGCUGAGGAGGAACUGGUCGGAGCGGUGGUUCAUGCUGAAGCCCAGUGUCCUGUCCUACUACAUGAGCGAGGAACGGAAGGAGAAGAAGGGGAGCAUCACGUUGGACAAGCACUGCUGCGUGGAGGUGCUGCCAGACAGGGAUGGGAAGAGGUGCAUGUUCUGUGUGAAGACCUUGUCCCGCACCUACGAGAUGAGCGCCUCGGACACCCGGCAGCGCCAGGAGUGGACGCUCGCCAUCCAGACCGCCAUCCGGCUGCAGGCAGAGGGAAAGAAGUCCCUGCACAAGGACCUGAAGCAGAAGCGCCGAGAGCAGAGGGAGCAGCGGGAGCAGCGCAAAGCGGCCAAGGAGGAGGAGACACAACGGCUCAAACAGCUGCAGGAGGAAAAGGAGAGGAAGCUGCAGGAGCUGGAGCUGCUCAAGGAGGCCCAGAGGCAGGCAGAGAUCCUGCUGCAGGAGGAGGAGCAGCGGCGGAGGCAGCAGCAUGAGGAGAUGCAGAGAACCCUGGAGAUCCAGCUGCGGGAGGCUGAGCAGGCUCGUGCCUCCAUGCAGGCAGAGAUGGUCCUGAAGGAGGCAGAGGCAGAGCGGCAGCGCAAGCGCAUCCUGGAGCUGGAGGACAUGCAGGAGAGGCUCCAGGAGGCCCUGCAGCAGGAGGUGAAAGCACGGCAGGACGAGGAGGCUGUGAGAUACGCUCAGGCCAGGUUACUGGCUGAGGAAGAGGAGAAGCUGAAAAAGCUGAUGAAGCUGAAGGAGGAGCAAGAAGAAUAUAUCAUCAAAACUCAGAGGGAGAAGCAAGUCCUCAAGCAGGAGAUGGAGAACAAGAACAAGUGUCUGGAAGAGGCGCAGAAGCAGCUGGAAGAAGUGAGAGUGAACAGGCAGCGGGUGGACCAAGAUGUCAUGGCGGCCCAGCGGAAGCUGCGACAGGCCAGCACCAACGUCAAGCACUGGAACGUCCAGAUGAACCGACUGAUGCACCCCAUCGGGCCAGGAGACAAGCGAACAAACGUGAGUGGAGGAGUCUUUGCUGGCUACCAGCCCCUUCUGUCACGGAGAGAUUCUUCCCUCAAACUCAAGCAGAGGGUGGAGGAUAAAGGCAGUGACCCCACGAGGGAAAACAGCAAGGAAAACGUGAGCAACGGUGGGAACAGCAGCGUGUUGCCAUCUCCAGAUGCGGACACCAUGGCCACAGAGCCCACCAAUUAGCCCAGCAGGAUGGCAGAGCCCAGCUGGGAAUGGCAGGGCUCAGCUUGUCCCUCCAAGUGGACAGUCAGUGUGGCCAUCUCUGGAAGGGGACCAGCACAGAGCCUACAGGGGACUGCAUCAUGCAGAGGUGCUCCCAUUUCCAUCAGUGAAGGGCUGCAGCCACCACGUGCCAGGAGGAUCAGGCAGCCCAGUGCUGGGGUGAGGGCAGUGGGACCUUUUCCUCUGGACUGUACUAAACAAGAGCCGCUGAAGGGUCGGGACCCUGUGGCCCAGGGCUGCAGUUCCCUCUUGGUUUCUACAACAACCCUUCUGCAUCACUCACUGUGCUCCAGGGUGUGGGGCUUCGUCACCAGCCAAGGACACCUGGACUGACCAAGCAGGGCCUUCUUGUCACCCCCACACCACGCCAGGUGUCCCUAACUACAGCUACCACUGUGUUCCCUGGCAGUGGUUGGUAGUACUGGAGUCACUUAGUUAGCAGAAACUAAUGACCAAUAAAGCUUUUGGAGCCACUGGCCACAAAACCUCCAGCCCCACACACUAGCGGCCCUGCAGGCACCAGCCCUCUUUCCUUGGCAGGGCAGGGUUUGGAUUUCCCCUCUUGUGUGUGAAAGAGCCCUUUGGAAGGAAUCAGCCACAACCUGUGAAAGGUGGCCCCACCAGCAGAUUCUUGGUUGGUGUGUGGAGGGCCAAGAGGGACACAGAAGAAAACAAGCCCCAAUAACCAUUAUUUAGGUUAGUUUUUCAAGCGCCUCUGUAUAAAUAUAGUCCCAGUCAGCUGUGCCUUUGGGGUGUUUAUAGCCUGGGGAAUAGAGCCAGGGUCGCCUCUGCAACAGGCCCCGGGGAGCAAGCUCUGCACUAACUCCAUCUCUGCACUCAGAGAUGUUAGCAAGAUUACGAUCUGUUUCCUCCCGGGCCUCGAACGGUCCUGCCCGCGGUCUCACAGUGUUUCUCUCCCUCAGUUUUUUUCCACCGUAGCCGAAGGGACAAAGCGCUCAGUGUGCCCGGGUGUGGGGCGGCCCUGGCCCAGGCCCAGGCCCGGGCGGCCGCGCUGAUGCACAGCGGGGGCACGGGCAGGGCAGGGCCGCAGGUCAAAUGCAUCGCCUCUGCCCCCUUCCCCCUGCGCUGGGACACAGCGGCGUGGCCCUGAGCCCUGUCCCCUUGUGGGGUCCCUGCCUGCUCCGCACCAUCCUGGCCACGCCACUUGGACACACGAUCCCGCCACUCUGCACGGGUUUUGUGGGAAGCUCACUCUUCCCAGCUCAUGUCUUCCAUCGAUACGCGAGGGGACCGCGGUGCUAAUUGCUGAGGGCGAAAGGGGUCACUGGCACCGCCUGGGCCCCUCGGGCGCGGAGCAAACUGCCCUGGCCCGGCGCCGCCGCCAUAUUGGGCGGCCCUCAGGCCGCUCCGCCCCCGGAGUCCGCCACAGGCAGCGCCUACACUUCCCAUGAG